CUGACCAUCACAAACGCUUCUUCAUCACCCUCACCAUCCUCAUCCUCACUCACUGCCAUCUCCUCUGCAAUGACCUGCAGCCGACCCCUCAUCUCGUACACGUCCAUCCUGCAGAUACAGCAGCUCUUCCGCUGGAUUCCUCUCCCGUGACGUCACUCGCGCAUGGCGGCGGGCGCCGUGCAGUGACAGGUCAGAGCGGCUCGCGCUUUCGGGGCUUUUGAACGCGAACCCGGAGCUCGCGCGGCUCGUCGAGGACGGUCUCGCGCUGCGAUGAGCGGCGCGGACUCGGAGCGGGUGGACAGCCUGGAGGGCUGGGUGGCGGUCAGGAGCGACCUGUUCUCCGGCCCGGAGGCUCUCCGGCUGGACUUCCUGGUACAGUGGAGCGAGGUGGAGGGGCAGUUCGCGGUGACCUGCCGGAGCCGGAGCCCCAGAGGAGCCGCCGUGGCCGGUCAGCGGGGCUGGGCUGCCCUCCUGUCCGCCGCUGACAUCACACAGGCCCACAGCACCCUAACCAGCACCGCGCAGGAGCUCCAGCACUGCCUGCCCGACCUCAGCGCCUUCAGCCCGGCCAGGAACCUGCUGUGGGACCUGCUGUUCUCCAGCACCAGCAGGCCGGAGAACCAGCAGCAGCUGGACGUGGACGGGGUCUGCAGGCAGCUGGAGAAGUAUUUCAGUGUGGCGGUGGAGCUCUGUGGCAGCAGGAUUGUCCUGGACACUCUGUUCAGCCUACAGGAGGAGGAGGAGGAGGAGGAGGAGGAGGAGCAGUUCUAUGAAGAUCUGCAAGAGUUUAAGAAGAAGGCCAUGGAGGAGCAGGUGCAGAGAGCCAAGGACAGAGUGAGGAGGAUUGUGCAGGGUCACAGCUCUGCCUCUGGACUCCAGCAGCUGAUGAAGGUCUAUGAGGAAGAGGAUGACGCAUAUGAUGAUUUAGUUGCCGUGGCGACGCAGUUCUAUCAGCACCUGCUGCAGCCGUUCAGACAGAUGAGAGAGAUCAGCACGCUGUACAGGUUGGAGAUCCAGAAGUGUGUGCAGACAGAGGAGCUGGGGCCGAAGCGUGUGGCUGAGCUGGAGCAGGAGGCUGAAGAGUGGAAUAAACGCGGUCAGGAGGCCGAGAGCUCCGUCCAGGACAUCACAGUCUGCUACUUCAACGAUACAGCGUCCAGUCUAGCAGCGAUGCUGAAGCAGAUGGAGAAUGACCGCAAGCGGUUUGGAUCGGCUGCGUGGGCCGUUGUGACUCCCAGACUGGAGAAACUCAAACUGCUGUCGGCUAAAGAGUCUCUGCAGCAUAUGAGAGCCAGAGAGCUGUGUGUGACCCGUAGCAAACAGGACAUCAGAGACAAGCUGGAGGGUGUGUGUGGGGCUGUGCGUGAGGUGCAGGUGUUGGAGGUGCAGUAUUAUGAGGCUCAGCUGGAACUUUACGACUGCAAGUUAGAAAUCCUGAAGAAUGAAGAGCAGCUGCUGCUCGCACAGAUACACACCAUCCGGAGACAGAUCAAAGAACUCAGUGAGGAGGUGGUUUAUUAUGAUGCAUGCGAGGAUCCCGCAGAGCUGCAGUGCAUUCAGACCAGCACCGCCCACUCAGGCAAUAACCCCACCCACUCUCACCUGCACCAGCAGCUCCAGCAGCUGGAGAGAAAAAGAGCUGCAACGUCAACACACAGAGCAAAAAUAAGGAACAGAAAGGAGAGCUGUGUGAAGGCGUGGGAGCUCCAGCAGGGGGAGCUGCAGCAGAAAACCACUCAGCAUCAACACCACCACGCAGUACACCUGAAGCGGGAGAAGAGGAGGGAGGAGGAGGAGCAACAGAAGGAGUGGGUGGAGCUUGAGAGGGAGAAAACACUCAGCAGACUCCGCUCCUUCAGAGAGAAAAAGCUCGGGCAGUUCGUGAUGAAGACCCCUCGCUCCAAACCAAAGCAUCCUGACUCCGCAACAGAUGAUUCAUCACAGCCAAUGUCAAUCAUCUCUCUGGCCCCUCCUACUCAUGAUGUUUCUCAGAGCCCCGCCUCCAGGCCUAGAGGAAGGGGGCGAGGUCAGAAGUGGAGAGAAAUCCCUGUACAAAUUCUGUUACCCCCAGGGCCAGGACCAGCUGUGCCAGAACAGACACUUACCCCCCCUCUUCUGCCCCCACCCCCACCUCCUCCUCCUCCUCCCCCUCCACCUCCACCUCCUCCUCCCCUUCCCCUGCACGCUCCACCCCUGCCGCUCAGUGACAGAGAGGUUGCACCAUCUCCCAAAAUCAAAAACACACUGCAGGAAAGCACAGGUUCGAUGGAUGCUGUCCUGGCCUCUUUGCAGAGGGGGCAGGUGCGCCUGCGUAAGGUGACCCCCAACGCCCCCACCGUUUCCACAGAGGCCAACUUUAGAGACAACCUGCUGUCAGCCAUCCGUCAGGGCGUGACCUUAAAGAAAGCCCCGCUCCCUGUAGGCCCCACCCCCUGCAGAGACUCUGAACUGGAACAGAGCAUCAAAGCAGCGAUGAUGAGGAUGAAGAGGGUCUCCAAGGAGACGGAUGAUGAAGAUGAUGAUGAUGAACAGCGGGACGCUCAGUCGGGAGACUGGGACAGUUGAGCGAGCGCAGUUUUAAUGCUGAGUGUUAAGCUAUACUGGAGAUCUGAAUGUGCGAAGAUGCCUUAAACCGUGAUUUACAUAUUAUAGAAUAUACAGCACUGUGAUGACAUUACAGACACGUUCACUCACACUCAGCUACCUGCAGUCUUGAGCUGUGUGUGAGGAGGAAUAGUUCGUCUGGAGGAGGAGGGGGAAAGUGAUUUGGAAGGGAUUUGAUUGGCUGGUUUAUACUAGAAAAAAGUGUGUAAUGUACUCAGAUUUACUGAUCCACCCACCAGCCUUCCGGUUAAAGGUGCAGUAUACGAUUCCGGAGAAACACGGUUCAUAUUUGAACUUAGAAAAGCAAACACACCUGUCCGUUCAGCGCGCCUUCAGAAGCUCCGCCUUCCUGAAAUUGCUGCCAAGAUGAACGAAUCUGGGCUAGAAAACUUUUUUUUUUUUUUUUUGUCUUUAUGGCCAUAAAGUUCUUUGCUGUAUGGACAGAUUCCGUGACAUAACAUUAGAGCAGACAGACAGACAGACAGAUCGAUCAUUAGCUUUAUUAAUCCCAGAGAGAAAGUCGUCUAUUACAGCAGCAGCAGAAGUGGCGUACGCUGUGUACAGAUACGUAAAUAGAAAGAAAUAGACAGAAAAUAUAAUAUGCAGUACAAAAACGUCUGAUGAUUGAACCGCGUGACUAAACGCUGUAAACGAUAUCUAAUUGUUGCUGUCGGGACAAACGUUGUAUCUUUACCUUCUAUAUCUAUUUUUCUUGUUUUUCAAUUUUUAUAACAAUAUUUUCUUCCAUUAAAAUUUUUCCUUAGUCUGUAAAGCUUUUUGGAGAGAUGAGAUGUUCUGACAGCAGUGAUGUGUUAAUAGUCAAUAUUAUGGCCAUGUAUAGUAACGAGUAGAGAGAUCUAGUGUCCAGCUGUCCAGUGUUCAGUGUAGCUGACGUUAGUUAGAGGGGUCGGUCCUGCAAACAGGACAAAACAACACUGACCUGUUGCUUCAGCAAAAUAAGGCAAUGCUGGCCAGAAUCAGAGCAGCCUCCUCAUCCCUUUUCAAGCCUUUCAGUUCUCCGUGGAUCUAAAGUCAGUUUCUGAUUCUCCAGCAUCUUGUUUGCAUUUUCCUGUUCCACCUUAAAUGACACAGCAGUUACAUUCAGGCAACAAAAUGAAACUGCUCCACGAUUUAAGGUGGAACUGAAAAAUGUGAACAGGAAGCCAUUUCAGGCUCUCUCUCUCUCUGCUGCCAAAACUCCCUCUCUGAACUUCUCUCUGUCUGUUCUUCAUAUCUUCUCCUCUUGGGCUGCUUCUCUCCUUUUUCAUGAUGCAUGGAGUCCUCCCCCCUGGCCUGAGUCGGAGCGCCCCCUGCUGCUGAUUAAAGAUCCGGGGCUGUGGGCCGACGCGUUCCAGCGAACGCCGAACGGAGAGCUCGCAGACCGCGAGGAGAUGCUCACUAAGUUGGAAGAAGUUUCCUGGACUGAAACCGUUUACUGCACCUUUAACGUCAGAUAGAGCAACGCCAGGCUAGUAAACGGCGCAGCAGGACGGGAUUCAUGUUUUAAACGUUUGAUCUCGUUUUCCUUCUGAUUAAUCGGGAACGCAGUCAAUUAAUCGGGAUUUACAGCCGCGCUGUUUGAUAUGGAGGAACUGCCAAACGUCCUGUUGCGGUUUGCGUCACUGAAGCGCCUCCCGCUCAAACACUGCAGGCUUUAGAAAUGAGUGGAUAAAACACGCCCCCUUUCAAAUCCACGCCCCCUUCCUGCUCCCUGAUUAAAGCUAAACAUUCAUAAUGGAUUAAUUGACGGGGGUCUUCAGUGAGCAGUGACAUCACAGACCCGUGUGGAAUAAACCCCGUGGGCUUUUGGGUGAAUCUCAAUCUAAAAACACUGAUAUUCUUUUCUGCUUUGGGAUUAAUAUUAAUAUCAUACUGUA